GCACCUCUAGCUGGCCGGCCGGGCGGCGGUCGCACCUCUAGCUGGCCGGCCGGCCGGCGGUCGCUGAUCAGCUGACCGCCGUGCGGCCGCACCGCCUGGGGCUGUGGGCGGACUGGGCCUGCGUGCCGGAGCUGGGAGCUGGAGUCAGUGCUGUACGGAUCCUGCCUGAGUGAAUACAUGUCCCGCAGAUAUGCCUCUUUAACAAUUGGCGACGAGGACAAUUACGAACUUAAUUUUGUUGAGGCAUGGCGGGUGAUUCAAGAGGAAGAGGCUUUGAUGCUUUCAAGCCUGGUGAGGAUAAUUGGGAAGAGUGGAAGGAACGUCUGGAAUUCUACUUGGAGUCUGAAAAUAUCACCGAGAGUGACAAGAAGCGUUCUGUGUUGCUCACCGUGUGUGGUAAGGAGACGUACUCUUUGGUGAAGAGCCUGGUAUCGCCGAACAAGGUGAGAGACGCAUCUUUCGAUGAUAUUGUCUCGUUGUUGGACCGUCAUUUGCAGCCAAAGCCGUCUGUGACAGUGGCGCGCUUUCAAUUUAACAUGUGCGUAAGGAAGAGCGAUCAGACUGUGUCUGCUUUGACAUUGCUGAGCUGCGUCGUCUCACUGAACACUGUCAGUUUGGCGUCACAUUGGACGACAUGUUAAAAGACCGCCUUGUGUGUGGUGUGAGUGAUGGGCAGAUGCAGAAAAGGCUGCUAGCUGAAGAUGAACUGACUUUUGCUCGUGCACAAAAGCUGUGUCUGUCCAUGGAGGCUGCUUCCAGAGACGCAGGCAUUCUGACUGGCACGUCCACACGAGCGGUCGAGCCGUCUGGGGAAGGAGCUGUCAACAGGAUGGACCAGCAGUUCUCGAGCUGCUCACGCUGCGGAAGACGGCACGGUCGAGAGAGAUGUCGUCAUACGGCGACGACCUGCUUCAAGUGCGGUAAGGUUGGCCACCUUGCGCGGGUGUGUCGUGAUACGAAACCGAACCUACCUGGAAAGAGGCAGUUCAAAUCAUCAUUUGAUAAGAAACGUGAUGGGGAUGCGAGAUAUGUUGCUGAAGGAGCUGAAGGAGGGACACGGGAGCAUGAGCAGUUGUCAGAGCACUCAGAUUCCGAUUUGGAGCAGAUCAAAACUGUCGUUCACGCUGUCAGUAACAAAAAGAAACCGGUAACGGUGACUGUUGGGAUAGAGGGCGUGGAUGUUGUGAUGGAGCUGGAUACGGGUGCUUCUUGUUCUAUCAUAAAUGAGUCUACUUACAAACAGCUGGAGUCGACUAUCAAGCUGCAGGCGCCCCAGUCGGUCCUCAGGACCUACACGGGACACAAGAUACCUGUGCUGGGCGAGGCUGUGGUGGACGUCCGCUACGGCUCCAACGAAUGGUGGCUUCCCGUCAUCGUCACGAAGGGAAGUGGUCCGAAUCUCCUGGGACGAGACUGGCUGAGUCACAUUCAGCUGGAUUGGAGAAGCGUCUUCUCGGUAUUGCAGAGAUUCCAGGAUGCUGGCCUGAGAGUUUCGGAGAAGUGUCGUUUCUGCGUCGACGAGGUUGAAUACCUGGGACAUCUGAUCGACGCUGCCGGCUGCCAUCCAUCUGGGAAGAAGAGCGUCGAAGACGACCUGUCGCUGGAUGCCGGGAGGAUCGUUCAGCUCAUCAGUCGUGACGCUCUCCUCAGCAGGGUGCUGACCGCCGUCCAGUACGGAGAGUGGCCGGAGGACCAGAGCCUGCAACCAUACCGGAUCAGGAGAGAUGAGCUGCUCAGAUCUCUGUGCACCAGCUUCGGACUGCCGGAUACCGUGGUGACCGACAACGGGCCAGCCUUCGUGGGCAGAGAGUUCCAACAGUUCGUCAAGAGGAACGGCAUCAGGCACGUCACGACGGCACCGCAUCAUCCGGCGAGUAAUGGUCUCGCGGAGAGGGUUUAUGCGAGGAGCUACGGCGCCGGCCCGGCCUGGCGGGCCGGAACGGUGGUGGACCUGGCGGGUGACGCCAUGGCCAGCAUCCGUCUGGAUGAUGGGCGUGUCUGGCGGCGGCAUCUCGAUCAGUUGCGUCCCAUCGCUGAUCUAUCUCCGGCUUCUGAUGUGAGCGCGCCAGUCCCGUCUCCGCCUCUGGACCAGUGUGCAGCGCGGCGACUGGCUGGACCACUGCCGGUGGUGGAGGAGCCGGCGGCGGCCGCUCGCAGGCCGCCUGACAGUGCGGUACCUGACAGUGCGGUACCGGCUGGUGCUCCUGCCGUUCCUGCAGGUCAGCUGGCGGAGGAGAACGGAAGUACGGCCGCCCGGGCCAAAGACUCCGCAACUGAGCUGCCACCUGGGACUGAUCCAGACGAUCUGGCUCCGUCCCUCCGGCGCUCCACACGAGUUCGGAAACAGACGGACUUUUUCCGGUUCUGAGUGUCGGCUGCGGCCGCUGACUGAAUUGUACUUAUAACUGCUUGGGUUGUGAACUGGUGUUCGUUCUUCCUACAAAAGACAGUUGUUGAUCUUUAACCCGGCAGUUGCUGGGGUGUUUCGCCACCCACCGUUUGCUGGGGGGGGAGGGGGGGGGGGGCGUUAAACGCCCCCAGCCGAUAACUCGAGAACCAAUAGGCGCAGCGAAACGCACGAGGCGGCAAACGAAAGAACGCGACGAGACGCUUCAGAUGAGUACUUUAAAGUUGAAUUUUGAGGUCACAGGUCGGGUCAAGGUCAGGUCAAACACCUGAAAUCGGGCUUUCAGUAGCAUGGACUUCAGGACUUCGCAAUGGGCGCCUCUCGUCAUAAACUCUGUCAAAACGGUGCACAAUCCAUCAUAUAAGGCCUACAAGAGUGUCAGCUCCAUGUAGGGGUCAGUCAAGCAUAGGUCAGGGUCAAGGUCAGGUCAACCGGGUAGGCAAAUAUCCCCGAAAAUCAAAACGGAUAUUCGCAGCCUGUGACACAUGUUUUAUGGGUAAUUUGGGGCGUAGAACACGAUGGUGGCAUUCAUUUUAUCAUAUGUGUGCGUGUUUGGCUCAAAAAGUUCAACUUAAGAAAUGCAUGUAUCAUGGUCGUAAAGUUGUCACGAGAAAUUGCCAAGAUUCAGUUUAAGGUUUUGGAAAAUGCGGAACGAUAAUCAAUAAUCGAAGACAGCCAUUUUAUUGUUCAUGGUAUUGGCAGUCUAAUGGCGUUUACGGCAUGUCUGUAUGUCUAUUCUGUGAUUUUAUAUGAUUUUUUGAACAUAUGCCGUUUUUGGUCGAAAACUCAGAAAUCAUGACGUCACUAAAACCUCGAUAUCUCAAAAAUUUGACGACCGAUUUUUUUGAAACUUUGUCAUAAUACACUUCAUUCAAUUUCCUACAGGUACCCAAAAUUUGGCGCGCCUGCGGUGCGCCGUUUUUAUGCCAUGGCCCGGCGAAAAAAGUGGGGGCGUUUAACGCCCCCCCCCCCCUGCAACUCGCGGGUUAACCCGCGCCCGGCUGGGGGUCCUGGAUUUCCACGCCCUGCUGGGGGGGGGGGUGUUUGAACCCCCCCCCUGUAACUCGACUCCGGGGCCACGUAGCGAUACGCGGAAGGCGGCGUUCGAAAGAGCGUCAAAAAUAAUGACGAAAUCACCUCGGUCAAUUUUUUGGUCAGGUCAAAGGUCAGGUCACCAGAGGUCAUUGAAGGCAAAAUUUCGCCGAUUUCCAGGUCGAAUAUCGAAAAUUUCCAAGAAGCCAACGCAUAACUCGGGAACCAAUGGAGCUACUGCGCCGCGGAAAAGCGCAUUCGAUAGCCCUAUUAACGCCCUUUCUGAGAAAUUCUCUCAGAUUUGACCUAACGUCAACGGUUUUGCCUGCAGGGGGCAAAAACUGCAAAAAUAGCCGAUUUUUUCGGAAACAGUUUUUCGGCAAUAACUUUUGACCCAAGCCUUGUACGAGCUUACUUUUACCGGCAUCGUGUUCCUCUUGUCAAGACGCAUCGAAUGAACUAUAAGUUGACCUUGAAAGGUCAACUUGAAAAUUUGACCUCAGGUCAAGGUCAUGACCUGACCGGAAAGGGUCAUGUUGCAUAUCAGUCGAUCCGUAUCGUCGAGCUGAACACAUCUAAGGCGUUUUCAUCGCUCUAGCAUGCCUCUAUCAAAAGUUAUUUGCGAAAAACUGUUAGAUACCAUUCGUGACCUAAGAUGACCUCAGGGCAUAAACAAGGGUCACGGACACCAUUUUCAUGUUCAGUGUGUCUAAACCACUUGUAAUUCGGUGUUUGGGAGUGUUUAUAAUGUCUUUCGUCCAAAAGAGGCGCAUUUCAAUUUUCUCCCUUUGACUUAUAAUGGGGAGGUCGCAAAAUUGACCUGACCUUAGGUCAUCGAUAUCAAAAUUCUGAGAUAUACAUUUUGUACAUGCUGUUGCUUUUAGCAAUCGCUGAAAGUUUCAAAGCGAUCGGUCACUCGGUGUAGCUAUGACAGACAUUGAAACUUUUUAUGAGGUGAGGUCACUUCAAGUGACCUGGUGACCUGACCUUGAAUCACCUUGGUCUGAAAUUUUUACAACAUGUGUAGAAUUGAUGUAUGAUAAGGUGUACCAAAAACGGCGGCGCUCCGCGCCGCCGUUUUUGAGAUAUUCGCGAAAAACCACGAGGGGGGGUGUUCAAACACCCCCCCCCCCCAGCAGGGCGCGGGUUAAAGGGAAGGGCGAGUGUGGUAACUUGCACCUCUAGCUGGCCGGCCGGGCGGCGGUCGCACCUCUAGCUGGCCGGCCGGCCGGCGGUCGCUGAUCAGCUGACCGCCGUGCGGCCGCACCGCCUGGGGCUGUGGGCGGACUGGGCCUGCGUGCCGGAGCUGGGAGCUGGAGUCAGUGCUGUACGGAUCCUGCCUGAGUGAAUACAUGUCCCGCAGA